CCUGUCUCUCUCUCUCAGGUGUGCGGGUGGUGAGCGCCACCCGGCGGGCCUGACCGCAGCGGCCGCCGCCCCCCAGGGGCCCAGGCGAGGCGCCGCCCGUGCUGUGGACAUGGAGGGCCUUUUCCGGCUGCCCGGCUGCCCGCGGAACAGACCCGCGCCGCCUCCAGUGCUGCCCGGGAGGAGUUCGGAUUUUGCAAACGCCUGGCUCACUUCACGGAGCAUCGCCUGUCUUUCCGGAGACGGACUGACUGUUCACGUCGGGUUUCUGUGAGCCGUGCGGCAGACCCUGACCGCUGUGCCCCCGGGGACACGGACGAGACGCCCCCGGCGCCCGUCUCUGGCAUGGAGACGCACGCGGCCGCUUACAACGGCACCCCCCCGGAGCUCAACCUGUCCCGCACGCUCCCCGGCAGCGUCCUGGCAAACCAGACGGGCGAGCUCUCCGAGCACCAGCAGUACGUGAUCGGGCUUUUCCUGUCCUGCCUGUACACCAUCUUCCUCUUCCCCAUCGGCUUCGUGGGGAACAUCCUGAUACUGGUGGUGAACAUCAGCUUCCGGGAGAAGAUGACCAUCCCCGACUUGUACUUCAUCAACCUGGCGGCGGCCGACCUCAUCCUGGUGGCCGACUCCCUGAUCGAGGUGUUCAACCUGGACGAGCAGUACUACGACAUCGCCGUGCUGUGUACCUUCAUGUCCCUCUUCCUGCAGAUCAACAUGUACAGCAGCAUCUUCUUCCUCACGUGGAUGAGCUUCGACCGGUACCUCGCCCUGGCCAAGGCCAUGCGCUCCGGCCCGUUCCGCACCAAGCACCACGCCAGGCUGAGCUGCGGCCUCAUCUGGAUGGCCUCCGUCUCCGCCACGCUGGUGCCCUUCACCGCGGUGCACCUGCAGCACACGGAGGAGGUCUGCUUCUGCUUCGCGGACGUCAAGGAGAUCCAGUGGCUCGAGGUCACCCUGGGCUUCAUCAUCCCCUUCGCCAUCAUCGGCCUGUGCUACUCGCUCAUCGUCCGGGUUCUCGUCAAGGCCCACAGGCACCGAGGCCUGCGCCCCCGCAGGCAGAAAGCCCUCCGCAUGAUCUUCGCCGUGGUCCUCGUCUUCUUCAUCUGCUGGCUGCCCGAGAACGUGUUCAUCAGCGUUCACCUGCUGCAGCGCACGCAGCCGGGAGCCGCUCCCUGCCAGCAGUCUUUCCGCCACGCCUACCCCCUGACCGGCCACAUUGUCAACCUCGCGGCCUUCUCCAACAGCUGCCUGAACCCCCUCAUCUACAGCUUCCUGGGGGAGACCUUCAGGGACAAACUGAGGCUGUACAUCGAGCAGAAAACCAGCGUGUCGGCCCUGAACCGCUUCUGCCACGCUGCCCUGAAGGCGGUCAUCCCGGAGAGCACCGAGCAGUCCGACGUGAAGUUCAGCAGCGCGGUGUAGAGACGGCGGAGCCGGACCGGCGGAGCCCAAACGCCGAGUC